AUGUUCACUAAAGCAGGCCGAUACCUACUCCUAGGUAUCGGGUUACCUGCUAUUGUUCAUGGAGCAGCGGUGGAUUGGGGUUUUGGGACUCCGUUCGCUCUAGUGGGCGCAAAAAAAGCACCAUGCCCGGAUACUCUGGAUCUCGCUCUUAAGGAUUCUGCUACAUACAGACCAGUUGUCGCAAACAGAGAAGAAACUGCUAGUCGCCUUGAUCUCUUCUUCUUCACGAACGGCUGGGAUUUGAUUUUCAACCAGACUACAGGGAUUAGGUUACUCGAAGUCGACCCCAAUGUCGAUUACUGCUGGGCUAGCGCAAGCGCAGGGCCAAGCCUUGACAACUGCAACACCACUGCACCUGGCCAGAAGUUCUAUGCCCUUGCCCCAAAUCUCCAGCUCCCCCAAUUUUCUCUAUACAUAGACCGCUCGAGCGUUGUCCAGCCUCCUGAUGCAGGCAAACCGUUGGUCACAGGCGCGGCUCAUGCUGAGGGCGAAUUCUGUGCGUACCUCAAUUCAACUGGACAACUCCUCAAACGUCCACUCGACCUGGCCGCAAGCUGGCUGGCGCCUAACCAGGUGACCAAUCUUACUUCCACUUCCAUUAACACCGCUCUUAUCCAAUCUCCGGUGGACAUUCCUCAAUGCAACUGGGCGAAGGGCAAUGACACCUAUUCCACCAUCCAAAGUUUAGGCUCGAUGGAUUGUGUCUUGUCUCAAGCGUAUUCGAAUGCUCCUGCCGACUGCAUCAGCAAACCAGACAGUUUGGGGUGUGUCAUGCACUAUUUCCCGGCAUUCUGUCUCGAUCUGCCCACGGUCCGCGACAACAGUGAUGCCCAAAUUGAGGACUGCAUCAGACGGAUCGGCUCAGGACCUUGCGUAGCAAACCCCAAUGGAGCAGCAUGCGCCAGUAAUCUCUUCGCUGGAAUCAAGUAUGUUGGUGAUGGGGGUUCUUCCAGUGGGAGCGCACAAUCACGCCGAGGUUUAAGUUCAACGCUCUCGCGUAUCUGGCAGCAGGUGGACAAAGCGGAAGAAGACUUCUACUUAGGCAAGAAUUUACCCCAACCCGAGGCUGCAGUCAACUCGGGCAUUGAUAUCUACAAUUUUGGUGUCAGGGCCCUUAAUUACUACACGGGCGUGCAUUCUACCGAGUGGCGAUCUACUUGCAUAGGGGUUACCUACUUUGAAAAGCUAUUCGACAAGACCGCGGCUGCGAAUAUGCGCGAGUCUUGCAAUGCAAUGUUUAAUAGAACUAUGAAGGAAAGCGCCUUGAUCGAAUACAACGGACCCAUCGAGCAAGCGGGUCACAUAUUUUUCGAAAUUGCCAACUGGCUGCUUCUUAUCAACGAUGUUAAAGCAGCGGUUCAGGCUAUCGGCGCUGUCGAUUGGCUGGUAGCCAAGUUCGAGGUUACAGCUUCCACCAUCUCAUCACGCGUCAAAGGAUACAUGCUGGAGGCCACCGAGAAUGGUAGGACAGUACAGAUCUUCCGUGACGCGGGCGAUGGAACACCGCAAGUGCUUGGCCACAAAGAUGACGUAGGAGCUUUAGUCAAAUCGAUUGAGGAGUCAGUGCUGAGAGCUUUUAAGGAUUCGACAAUUGCAAGAAAUGCGUCACUACUGGAAAUACAAAGCGCCAAGGUUUCGAGGGUCUGCUACCCGCCCUCUGUUGCGCAAGGCCGCUACAGAUGGUUCAACAGCGACAACAUCCCUGAGCCUCUUCCAGAACAGUUGGAAAUGACUGAGUAUUACAAAAGUGAUGUAGUCAGAGUGAAGAAGAGGCCGAUUAAAUGGAAGCCUGAAUUGACGACUGUGGAUGAAGAAUUUUGGCCGGUAUUGGGAGAUAUCGUCUACUAUGAUGAAGAGGACAAAGAGUUAGUUAAAGGGGGGACCAAAUUGUUGACACCGGUUUUCAACGGACCAGACGCGGUGGACCAGGUGGACGAAGUCGCCAUGUUCCCGAAACAAAUGUUGAAUGCAAUCAACAAGAACCAUCCGGAAGCUCUUUCUGAGGCUCUCAACGAGGGAUUGGGCCUUACUCCGGCAGAGUACGACAGCGUCUCUGCUUGGUUGACAAGAAAUGAGUAUGUGGAAGAACUACCACAGGCCAUGAGGAAGAUCCCAUCUGUCGAUGUUGCAUGGUUUUAUCACGGGAGAUCUUAUGAUGCCAGAAUUGUCGACAUGCUCGAAAACCGCAAGCCUGGCAUUGUAAGCGGAAGUGGCACGGGCUACACUGUUGCAGAUUUGAUAUAUCCCCAAGAGAACUGGGUUGUGGAUACAAUGCCCGGUACACUAGCCUUGGAUCGAGCACAAGCUGGAACCAGCCAAAUCAUCUACGCGAUCCACAGUGAGAGUGCACGCAUUGUGGGUCCUGUAGUGGGGCUAGAUAGCAAGGAGGCGCUCAUAACUGGAUCUGAGGCCGGCAAGUUUGAACUUGUCGGCCAGCAAGAUGUAAAAUUCGAGGGAGUCUCUGAAUCUGGUAAACCACCAAGAAAUCACUACGGACCCUGGACGAUUUACUACUUUGCGGAGACUGGUUAUGAGCCAGUAGCAAACGAGGGGGAAAUCAUGGAUGCUAUUGAUGCUGCUUUUACGAAGCAUGGAAUUCAGGACACGUGA